AUGGGCUGUUGCAUAUCACAGUUUGCUUGCUGCUGUGGACCAGCAUCAUGUGCCUUGUGCUGUAGCUGCCUGCCCCCAGUCAAUGAGUCAACAAGCACACGGGGCAUGUAUACAAUCCUCCUAACAUUUAUAUUCAUAAUACAGUGUCUCACGCUGAUCCCAGACUUGCAGAAUUUACUUGAAGAGCAUGUUGUGAACAUCUCUGAGAUUUGCCAACAGCUGAAGUCAGACAGUGAAUGUGACAUGGUGGUGGGAUACAAGGCAGUCUACAGGCUCAGCUUAGCCGUGGUCAUAUUUUAUUUCCUUCAUGUGCUGCUGACUGCGUUUGUGCCCUCAAGUAAUCACUGGAGAGCCAGCAUUCAGAAUGGUUACUGGGGGUUCAAGUUUUUAGUGCUUAUUGGUUUGUGUGUUGCUGCCUUUUUCAUACCUACAGAAUUUUCUAUAUACUGGAUGUACGUGGGCAUGACAGGAGGCGUGCUCUUUAUACUCUUACAGUUGAUCUUGCUUGUAGACUUCACUCAUUCGUGGAAUGCUAGAUGGAAUGGUAGAAAACGUGGCCAGAGAAAUAAGUGUGGAUUUGUUGGUACAGUUGUAGUCGCUGCACUACUUUUUGCCGUCACAAUCCUGGGAAUGGUGUUUUUGUUCUUUUACUACGGCUGGCAAGGCUGCACAACCAAUCACAUUUUCUUGUCUGUCAACAUCGGUCUUUGCGCCCUGCUCACGUUUCUGACGUUGCUGCCGUGUACUAUGAAACGAAACCCAAAUGCUGGACUACUGCAAGCCUCAGUUAUCUGUGUAUACGUUGUGUACUUAACAUGGUCAGGUCUUACCAGCGAGCCCCCAGAAGAGAUUGAGAACCUGCUGGACACUUUGUUUGGGAAGACCAUGGCGCUGAUCAGCGUUGACACCAGCACCACCACACAAUCUACAGCCAAGACUGGCCAGGUGACCAGUCGCAGCUCCAGCCAUGCUUACAACUACACAUCCAGCUGUCGACCAGAUCCAGCCUUCCCUCAGGCUGACCGUAUCGCUUCCUAUGCUGGGCUGGUGAUAAUGUUUAUAAUGGCUAUAUAUAGCAG